AUGUGUCUUUGCUCUGUUCUUGUAAGCAGUGCCCACCCAUUCGCCGAAAUCAUUCCAACAGCACGCCCGAUCUUAGAAUUAGCACCUAUUUUCAUUUCCUUUCUCGUCAUCUCUCACCAAAUGUCUGUGACAAGCGAUACCACCCGUCCUCCACUGGUUACUCAGAAGAGCGAUGCCGAAAAAAGGAAAAACUCAAUUAAGCGAAAGAUUGUCGUCGGUCCUGCGAUUACCCCACGUUACGAAUACACUAUGAACAAGCAGCGAUCAAAAUCGAUUACGCACUCCGAUUCAAAAGAUAAACACUCAACAGCAUCAGCAACACCUACUACUUCAACCCAUGAAAUAAAGCCAAAAGGAUUUCUUUCGUCAUUCUAAGGAACUUGCCUGCUUUACGACUUUUGGUUUAUAAUAUCAUGCAUAUUCUCUCGUAAUUUCACCUGUUUCACCUGAUCUC